ACAGAGCAAAGUCGGGAACAUGGCAGUUGUAUCGAAAUGACCGGCCUUUUUAAUAAAUAUACGUUUUUACUUUAUAUUUCCAGUCCGUAAGCAGUAGAGUAAAUACAUAUGUACGUCUGACACACUCAUAUAUUAAUCGUGUUGACAGUAGUUUGGGAUGGGGCUCGUCCUGCGGAACCUGCAGACGGUGGUUCCUCUGAGGCGCGCGCGCAUGCGCAAAGACGUGGAGAUCCUGAGGCACAUCUUCGGCGUGCAGCGGUUCGACAUGGGCAUCAUCUGCGUGGACAACCGCAGGAUCCAGCGCAUCAACCGGGUCUACCGGCGCCGGGACCGGCCCACCGACGUGCUGGCCUUCCCCUUCUAUGAGGAUCUGAGGCCGGGGAAGCUGCCGUGUGUCCUGCAGAGAGACGAGUAUAACCUCGGGGACAUCUUCCUCGGGGUGGAGUGUGUGAUGCAGCAGUGCAGAGAGACGUCGCAGGACCUGCACCAGACUCUCACUGUGGUCACAGCUCAUGGGAUCUGCCACUUACUGGGAUACAGACAUGAAACUGAAGAGGACUGGAAUGAGAUGCAGCAGAAGGAGAGCUACGUCCUCAGCGAGUUCAACAGGCUCACGGGCAGCCGGCUCGAGCCGCUCACCAAGAGAUACGCACACCACACGUGACACACACACACCAGCACUCGUUUCUCUAAAUCAGUUUUAUUUUAAAAUGUGUUCAAGGAAUCCAAAGACUGAAUUACUAAGCAAUCGAGUAGAGCUUAUAGCACUGUUGUUUCAGAAACACAAUCUCCUCAAGACGACCCCAACAGAAGACAUGAAUAAAGUGGUGACCGGACACAUGGAAACAAGACUUACAGACAUCCUAAAAUAAAUAACAUCAGCUGACACAGUCACAUGGCAUGCUCUCUAUAUCCAGUAAAGGUGUAUGAACGUUUCACUUCUUCCUGAAGACACACACUUUUCUACACGACGGCUGUGCAACUCCACAUAAAGCUCAACAGAAGGAAAACUAAACGCUUCACUGGGUCUGUCAGGGGCCAUCUUUAAAAAAAGACAAGCUACGUCAUCAAUACCAUUGAGCUUGUUAGAAUAACGCUUUAUAAAAUGAGAAUAAAACAAACAGUCAUCAGUGAAGCCUUGAGUAUAAACCGAGCCGCUCUCUCGUCGCUGUAUAAAAGCCGACCGGCGAAAGCAAAUAUUGCACCACAUUUCCAGCUGCAUAUCAAACGAGAAACACACACCCCCCGUACUCAAUAUCCCACACACACAGAUACAAGAAUAAAGUUUUGUAUGCAAUAGACCAGGAAGGGAAUCUAAAAAUCUGCAGAGGGGAAAGAAGAACAAAGAAGAUUUCAUAGA